UUCCUCCGUUCUUCUUGUGGACCGGACUCGUAGGAGUUAAGGGCAGCGAGACCGGUCAGUGCGCCCUAGAGAGGCCGCCACAGUCUACGGACCGCCAGACCCGGACACUCAUCCCUGCCCUCCUGGUUCCAGGGCUGGGCCGGGCCGGGGCCUUUGUCUCUUGGCUGCUCUCUCUCUCGUGACCCAUUCUCUGGUUCCUUCCAGACUCUCGGUUUGGGCUUGUCCGGCUCGGUCGCUGUCCCCGGCAGUGCCCGCCUCCUCCCGGCUCCCUGCCUGCCUGCUUGUGGGCACCGCGAGGAGAAGUCCUGGCCAGAAAAGCUUGACCUUCAUCUCAGCUCCAUUCCCUACAAACAGCCAUGGUAUCCAGAUCCCCUCCAAAUGGGGCUCAGGGGCUGCUCACCUUUGAGGAUGUAGCAGUCAUUUUCUCCCAGGAUGAAUGGAAGCACCUGGACUGUGCUCAGAGAGCACUCUACAAGGAUGUUAUGUGGGAAAACUACCAGAACCUGGAAUCUGUGGCAGGAUUUUCGUUCCCUAAACCAGAGCUCAUCUUAUGCUUAGAAAGAGGUGAGGAACCAUGGUUACCUGAUUGCCUGGGAUCUCCAGAAAGGAGAAGGAUCCUGUUCUUCUGUACUGGUGAGGAGACAGGUGACAAGCCCAGGACUCCUCCCUGGCUUUGGAAAGGCCUGGAAGAAGUGGGGGCUCUUGAAGGACAACCUUUCAGACCUCAGAUGGAUAGUUCACCUUCUCCAGGAGAGGACAAGUUGCAGAGUCCUGCCAGGCUUUGGAAAAGUCUAGAAGAAGUGGGGGCCCUCGAAGGGCAACUUUCCAGAACCCAGACAGAGCAUUCCCCUUCUCCAGUAGGUGACAAGCCAGGGACUCUGCCCAGGCUUUGGAGGGGCCUGGAAGAAAUGGGAGCCCUGCUGGAUGGAAAUAAGACCUCCAGAGCUGCCCCGGCCCAGAUCAUCUACUGGUGCACGUCAGACAACAAGGAGCUGAUCCCCUGCUCUGUGGACUUUACCCCACUGCCAUCCCCAGGCUUCCCCAAGCCCUACAAGUGCUCCCACAGCAGCAAAGACCUCAUCCACCUCUCCAGCUUCUCUAGUUACCAGCGAAGCUACCAGUGCCCUCAGUGCGGCAAGCUGCUUGGCUGGAACUCUGACUUUACCCGCCACCAGCGCACGCACAGCGGCGAGAGGCCCUUCAGCUGCCCCCUGUGUGGGAAGCGCUUUGGCCACAGCUCUGACUUUACCCGCCAUAAGCGCACACACACCGGUGAGAGGCCUUACCAGUGCUCCGAGUGCCCCAAGUGCUUCAGCCGCAACUCGGACCUGGUCACGCACCAGCGAACACACACAGGCGAGAAGCCCUACUCGUGUGGGAACUGUGGCCGCGGCUUCAGCCGCAGUUCGUCGCUGGUCACGCACCAGCGUGUUCACACAGGAGAGAAGCCCUACCAGUGUCGAGACUGUGGCAAACGCUUCAGCCUCAGUCCAGACCUCGUCAAGCACCAGCGCAUUCAUACGGGGGAGAAGCCCUACAAGUGCAGCCACUGUGCCAAGUGCUUCAGCCAUCGGGCCAACCUCAUCACCCACCAGCGAGUCCACACAGGUGAGAAGCCCUACAAGUGCCGAGACUGUGAGAAGAGCUUCAGUCAGAGCUCGCACCUCAUCAUCCACCAGCGGGGCCACACUGGGGAGCGCCCCUAUCGCUGCGGCGACUGCAAGAAAAGCUUCAGCAGCCGCUCCUACCUCAUUACACACCGCCGUGUCCACACGGGGGAGAAGCCAUAUUCCUGUGGCAUGUGCGGGAAAAGCUUCAGCCAGAGGACCAACCUUCUCACACACCAGAAACUCCAUGGGAUGGAGAAGGAGGGAGUGGGAGGGGUGGCUUCCACUGGGAUUGCCAGGCUAGGGCGAGAGGCUUAAGUUCCUGUCCCACAAAUUCAAUGCAACAAAUACUUAUUAGUUUGCCUAAAAGAUAAUUGGGGUACGAAGGGUCUCUGCCCUCACGCAGCUUAUGGCUUACUAGAGGCAAUAGCUCCUUUUGAAAGACUUCCGGGGGGGGGGGAAGGCAAGAGAAUGAGAUGGGAAGGACUUCCUGACCUUAGCAUUGUGCAGGGUCUCCAGGGGCUGAUUCCUAUCCCAAAUGGCCGAUUGGUUAUUUUCUGCUUCUUUUACUCCUGAAGGGAAUCUUUAAGAGUUUUUCAAAGUGGUUGUAGAGGAAAGAACCUUCUACUGGAAAUCAGGAGAUCUGGGGUUCAAGACCUAGCUCAGGCGCUGGCGGUUUGACCUUGAGUAAAUCCCUUCCUCUAAUUGGAUCUCAGUUUCCACAUUUAUAAAAUGAGAGGUGUUUUGUUUUUAUUUUAAACCAGUUUGUCUUUGUGGUCUCUUUUAGUCCAGAUAAUUCAUGCCAUAUUCUUCUGUGAGAACUAGAGGUGGGACCUAGCAAAAGGGGUUAAGGAAUUAGAAUUUAUAUAGUACCUACUAUGUACUAUUUGUUAGUGCUUUACAAAUGUCAGCUCAUUUAAUCCUUACAACAACCCUGGGAGGCAGAUGCUGUUGUUAUUCUCAUUUUAUAGUUGAAGAAAUUGAGGCAAAAAAGAGAGGUUAAGUGAAUUGCCCAGGGUUGCACAACUAAUACGUGACUGAGGCUGGAUUUGAACUCAGGUCUUCCUUAAUCAGAACCUGCACUCUCCACUGUACCACCUGGUCGAAGAAGAGAUUGAGAAGUUAGAGGGAAUGAAUUGGUUUCCUUCAAAAUAGGUUAAAUACAUUCUAGGCAGGAAUGUUACAACUCUGGGGCAAUUGGCCUAAGUAAAGUUACUAGUAGGAAUCAGUUUCCCAAAGCAGUGUUCACCCAAAGGUGAUACUAAGAAGCUUCCAAUGGCUGAAGUCUUUUUUACAUUUUCACUAUUGCCAUCCUGCUCCCUGGGAAGUAUGGGUAAUCCCAGUGAUCAGAAAGCAAAUACAAAAUUGUUCAAUUACUAUUUGGGGAAAUCUCACCCUUAAGGGGAAUAGCUAAGAGAAUAAAAAAUGGAGUUAAAAGAGGUAUUGUAGGAUUGGGAAAGAAGAGAUUUGGCAUUCAACUUUUUUCUUUUUUUUCUUCUUGUUACAGCUUUCUCUAAUAAUAAAUCUAGAGAUUAUCUGUUUUUCAUUCCCUAUUACUCAUUCUUUUCCCUUCCAACUUAGCUGUCUUAACUGGUCCUACUCCAGACUGGUCAUAACUUAUCUUCUAAAUGAGGUGAAUACCCAAAAACUGUGAGGAGUUUGGAAGUCUGGCGUUAUAGAUGAUCCUUAAACUAAGAAGGCUAAUAAAAGUGAUCAAGGAGGAGGAGAAGGUGGCUGACUAAAUCCAAUUAAAACUAAAAUUGAUUCUUCCACCAAAAAGCUGUUCUGAAUUCUGAUUUCCUGAGAACUCUUCCAAAACGCUUCUUUCCCAUUACUGCUCUAACCUUCUUGGUCGAUAAACAUCAACAGGAAACUUACGACAAAUAGUCGCAUCAUCUAAUUUCUUCUUUUCCCUAGCACCUGCAUUAAUUUGGUUGUGUCUAAAUUUUUAUGGUAUCACAACAGGUUAGAAAUUUUAGCAGGAAAGAGAGAAAAAUGAACUGUCCCUCAGAGAGUGAAGGGUAGAGAGUCAGACUUGGGGAUUUGGGAACUAAUGGGGUUGGGCAAGAUGCUUGUAGAAGGAUCCCAUUUAUUAAUCUCUACCUAAGAAAUCUGCAUUUCAGAAGGUAGAAAUUACAGAAUAUGUGUAUCAAAAAGGUCAUGUGGACAUGCCAAAGGCAAUUGGGUGGUUGUCUUUACGUUUUGGGGCCAGUGCCCCACUGAAAGGCCUACAUGUUACCAUUGGGGAGAAGAAUCUUUGGUUUGGGAAGAGGAAUGGAUCUGGCUCACCUACCCUGCCCUCCACAAGGGACAAUUUAUCUCAGUACCUAUUUACUCUGCCCUAAAAUUUCUAUCUAGACUUGGUACCACAGAAAUUUAGGAAUAACCAAAUGAAAACAGAUGCAUUUAAAUUUUAGGUAAAUUGUGAUGAUCAUAUUGGCCUAAAGAAUCUAUGCUUAAUUCUCAAAUACUUUCAUCUAGACUGAGUAUUUUUGGAUUUGGGGUGGAAGUGUGUGUCAAGGAAGUUUUAUCCUCUUCCCCUCCUGAGUAGCCUGUCCAUCAAACAUUCCUGAGGUAGCAUAGUUGUGCCAGGUUUUGCGUCCCUCUACGUACUGUUUGGUUUGGGGCUUCUGAGCAGGAGAGUUGAGAAAGAAUUGGGGAGAAUCGAGAAGAGAACAGAGGAGGCAGGUGAGGGGGGGAAGAGAAAGAGACAUGCAGGCUAGGCACCACGUAGUCAGGUUACUUAGAGGAAUAGUUGUCUACCCUUUCCAAUAAACUUUAUAAAAUAUAUAUAUAUGGGUAGAAAUAUUUUCAAUUCUCACAGAAGGGAAGUAUUUUCUAAUAUUCUCUUGGGCACAGAUAUUUUUCACUAAAAUGCUGUGCCAAUUUGUCAUUAUGCCAGUCAUUUUGUCACCUAGUGGAUGUAACCGGAAAAUACAGCUUCUCCAGUAUCUUGCCCAGAAGGAAACAUGAUCUACUCAUUUAGCUGGAGCAGCCCUGUUUGAGAAACCCCUAUCCCAUAACAGGUCUGCUGGGUUCUAUGAUCCAAUCCUAUGAUCCAAGUCCCAUUGCACCCAAAAGGAUAGCGUGCCAAAUUAUUUGAAAAUAGGCUUCAGGUGAUGGAGAAGAAAAGGCUUGCAUCUUAGUACCUCUAUAGGUAUAUAAGGUAGAAACAGAAAUUAUGAAAUUAGAGUAGAAUUGAAAUAACUCCUUGAGGCAGUGUGCUCUACUCCAUUGAGCUUUGGAAUUAGGAAGACCUGGGUUUGAAAAUGACCUCAUAGAUUUACCAGUUUUAUGAUUCUGGGGAAAUUUUUACAUAAUCUCUGCUCAGUUUUUUCAUCUGAAAUGAGAGACUUGUACUUGAGAUUUCUAAGGGCCCUUUCUUGUUGAAAAUUUUUGAUUCCAAGAGACUGGGCAAAAAUGUUAAUUAGGCCAUUUGUUUUUCAUAUCCUACCAUUAAAGCCUUUCUACCCCUCACUUUUUUGGAGCCCUGCCUUCCCCUGCCCUUCUCUUGUUCCAUUCCUCCAUGUCUACAAUUUGAGCCCUUUGGCAACCUAUUCUCCACCUUACGAAGAUUUGCCCCUCCCAGAAGUAAUUUUAUUUUAAUAGGGGCCUUGAGAGGGUAUAAUACCCUCAAGACCUUCAAAUUCAACAGAUAUUUUUCAAGUGCCUACUAUAUGCAAUGGCAGCCCACUAGAUGAAGGGAUUUAUAGACACAACCACAAUAAGCUCCACUUUCAGGGAUCUUAAUUUCUCUUGGGGGAGGGAGAGAGAGAGACAUUAGAAAAUUUAUUCCCAAUGGAAUAAGACUCUAACGGUAAAAUUUCUGCUACCAGAGUAGCCAUUGGGGUUGAUGGUUGGAGCUCCAUUCACCACAUCUCAGAAUUGACUACUUAUUUAUAAAAUGGCCCUGGCCUCCAGCCUCUUGCCUUUAUUAUUGACAGUUUACAAGUAAUAUAGUGGGGUUAAGGGUGGAGGUGAGGCCUAUGAACAUUGUAUGGGACACAAUAGAUGAUAUUUUCUAGGCUUCUAGGAAGACUAGAGAAGUUAGAACCAGAGCACAGAAUUCAGAAUUCAAAUGAACUAAGUUCAGAUAAUUACUUGGAUACUUAUUACCUGUGGUAAUAGGUGACAUUAUCUGUGAGAUUCAGUCUACUCAUUUUAAAGUGAGGUUGAGCAGGAUGAUUUCUAAGGUUCUUUUUCACCUUGGAAUUCUGUGAUCCAUUCCGAUGAAUUGGGGGUUUCACUAGAAAGAAAUGGAAAGAAAGUUGGUGGCUGGAAGGAAGUGUCAUCAGAGCUUAUAUGGGAAAGUGGAUUCUUGCCUCUCUGUAUGAUUCGCUUGUCUUGUUGUCCCAACUCUGCCAUUGUUUUCCUUUCCCUCCAAUAUUUGAGAUGUGUUUAAUUGUCUUUGCUAGGACAGAAUAAACAUUUUUAAAAGUC